AUGUGCUUUAUCGACCACGACGAACAACCUGACAUGGACGACGCCAAAGGUGUUUUCGCUCACUUCAUGGUUGGAAAUACAUACCCCUACGUCCUGCGGGACUGGACUGAAGACAUCGAACUCGCAAUUCUACAUCAUUUGGAUGGCUUCGUUCUCAAUAUUGGUUCGGAGGAUUGGCAGAAAGAUCGAGUCGCUGACUGCUUUCAAGCAACCGAGGCACCUGGCUCGUCCUCCUUCAAGCUCUUCUUCUCAUUUGACAUGAGUGUCAUUCCCUGCAAGACGCAAGGAGAUAUGCAGCAUCUGCUGGAGUACAUAAAACGAUGGGGGAAUCACCCAAGCAUGUACCGCCAAAACGGUAAGGUCCUAGUAUCUACUUUCUCCGGGGAGAACAGUCUUUUCGGCUUCGGCGACAUGGGGGCUGCGUGGAAUUUCGUCAAGAAAUCUUUGGAAGAAAUAGUUCCCAUAUGUUUUAUGCCUUCAUUUUUCAUCGAUCCAGCCCGCUACGACAGCCUGCACUUCAUGGACGGCGCCUUCAAUUGGAACGGGGGUUGGCCGCUCCACCUCUCCUCGGGUAUGCCUCGUCAAGCGUUGGAAUCAUGCAAACUUGACACGGACGACCACCACUUGCGCUGCCUCGGGGGUCGCUCAUUCAUGGCGGCGAUUUCUCCUUGGUUUUUCACCCAUUAUGGUCCCGACACGUGGAACAAGAAUUGGAUAUAUCGUGGCGAUGACUGGCUGUUUGUGCGACGCUGGGAACAACUGAUUGCAGCCAGGGAUCGCAUUGAUAUUGUCCAGAUCAUCUCUUGGAAUGACUACGGUGAAAGCCACUACAUCGGACCCAUCAAAGGAGCCCAACCAAACUCCCAAGCAUGGGUAGACGGCUUCGAUCAUCUACCGUGGCUAAAGCUCGCCGGUUAUUUUGCUCGCGCUUUCAAAGAGGGGGUGUAUCCUCGAAUUGAAGAAGAUCAAAUUUACAUGUGGGCGAGGCCACAUCCCAAGGAUGCUGAAGCCGUCGAUGAUAAGGUUCCUCGUCCGAGAAACUGGGAGUUGACGGAUGAUACAUAUUGGGUUGUUGUGCUCGCCAAAGCUCCUGGAACGCUGGUGUUGUCUGAUGGUGAAGAAGGAUCGAGAACUAUACAGGUGCCUGCAGGUGUGACCAAGGCCUCGCAUCCAUUGGAGUCCAGCAAAGGGAUGGAGGCCCGCUUGUAUAGAGGUGGGGAUAUGAUUGCUUCCUGCAAGCCAUCCGGAUUCUGCUUUAAUCCAUACCCACCCGUUUACAAUUUCAACGCCUUCGUUGUCGUAGCUACUUCAUAG